AUGAGUGAAGGAGCAUUGUUGCUGCCCAUAAAUUCAUCUUGUCCAGUCCCUACCAAAGUCAAUGAAAAAAGAAAUCCUCACGCGUUGCUGGGCAUGGCGUAUGUUGCAAUGGCGUCGCUAUGCUUUAGCUUUAUGUUUACCUUUAUCAAGUAUAUGACCCUGACCUUUUCGUCCAUGGAGGCUACAUUCUGGCGCUCAGCCGGCGUGCUCGUCUGCAACUUUAGCAGAUCGUUGCCAAGUUCUUUCACAUCAGUCUUUACGUUGAGCCAAAAUUUCAUGGUGCUUGCUGACGCUACUUCCUUGAGAUUCGUCAGCCCUAUACUCACCUUUUUCAUGGGUGCGCUGAUGCUUGAUGAGAAAAUUGAUCUGAUUAGUAUGAUCAGCGCCAUCGUGGCGUUUGGUGGCCUCGUUUGUGUUGUCCGCCCAAGUUUUCUGUUUGGAUACUACCAUCCGACGGCUGCUGCAGAUGGCUCCUGGAUCGCAAUUUGCUCAGCUUUGCUAGGCGCGGUAUGUCAAGCACUCGUUUACUUGACAAUGCGCCAACUGAAAGAGCUCAGUGUCUUUGUAAUUGUGCACUAUUUUGCACUAGCGAGUGUUAUUUGGACGAUGCUGUGGCUGAUGUUCAUCCAGCAGUCCUUCUACCUGCCUAAUACGUUUUUGUUGUGGAGAGCAAUUUUUGGCACUGGGAUUGUUACAUUUAGUGGCCAACUUUUUGUUACGCGAGGGAUCCAAUUGGAAAAAGCAGGUAUCGUGGCAGCCGUGCGCUACUUAGACGUCGUCUUUGUUUUCAUAUGGGACUCCACGAUUCUUGGCGAGCACAUCAAUCACUGGAGUAUACUUGGUGCGCUAAUUAUAUUAAUCUGCGCAGUAAUAAUUGCAGUUCGCAAAGUCACGAUGACCCUUUAA